AUCCACUUUUAUCUUUCACGGUGCAAGAGAAAAAAUCCUAUCCCGAAAUUCAAUCAUACCUCCAAGAAACUCACUAUCGCCAUUCUAUCAAGUCCACCACUUCCGAACCAGCAUGGCACCUCACUCGCUCGAGCCUACCGAAGAGGCAGCUAGCUAUGAUAUCAAUCUCCCGUACAAGCCAGCCUCAAACAAUGAUGAACACAAGCAAGAGGAAGUCUCCAAAUAUCCACAAUACCUCCCCCAAUGGGAGCCAGUAUUCUUUCCACAAUGUCCGGAAUUCGAUUUCCUCGACCCUGCGCUACGCGCCGACAAGGAGAAGAAAAUCCUUUUGAAAGAUGCUCAAGUCAAGCACAUCAGUCCCAAGAUGGGCACAGAGCUCUCCGGGGUCCAGCUCUCAUCGAUGUCAGACGCUGCCAAAGACGAGUUGGCACUCCUCGUGUCAGAAAGAAAGUGCGUCGUUCUGCGGGACCAGGACUUUGCUGACUGGGGUCCAUCCAAUCAGCAGGACUUCGCCUCAUACUUCGGAAAGCCCAACUACCAACCAGUGACGGGGUCCAUUCCAGGAUUCCCGGGAUUUCAUAUUAUUUACCGUGACGGAAAUCAGGCCGAGAUUGACAAGUUCUUUGAGCACAAAUUGACUUCUACGUUGUGGCAUCAGGAUGUUAGCUACGAGCGUCAGCCUCCCGGAUAUGUGAUUUUAUGCAUUCUGCAAGCACCGGAAGUCGGGGGCGAUACGGUCUUUGCAUCGACCGCCGAGGCAUACAACCGCUUAUCCCCUGGUUUUCAGUCAAUGUUGGAGGAUCUUAGGGCAACGCACUCUUCGGAGAAGAUGUGCAAUUUUGCGAAGGCGAAUGGAGGGCUUUGUCGCAAGGAUCCCAUUCGCACCUCUCACCCAAUUGUCCGAGUGCACCCAGUCACGGGCGAAAAGUCACUUUUCGUCAACGGGGAGUUUAUCCGUGGAAUCGACGGGUGGAAGGACCCCGAGUCGGACAUCCUCCUGAACUUUUUGAUCGACCACAUCACCAAGGGACAUGACUUCCAGGUUAGGCUCUCGUGGAAGCCAAAGAGCGUUGUCAUAUUUGACAACCGUAGCACUUGUCACACCGCAACCGUCGAUUAUGAUGCGCGGUCUGAUAAGGACAGACACAUGUUUCGUCUGGCUUCUAUGGCAGAAGUACCCAUUCCUGCGAAGAAGUAAUUGGUCACAUGAAGUUAUGUGCAUAGCAUGUGCAAGGGGGUGCAAGCGAUUGAUUCGUUUUUAUUUUAUUUUCGGAAUUGCUUUAGCGGAUUCAAUUGUGUUUUUUAUUUUAAUCGGCUUGUUUUGUGAUGCACUGUACCUGGGUGGACAGGGAUGCAAAAGAUACCAGACCAUACCCCUCUUUUUGCCCACCUUUUUUCAACACCAUUUUGCUUUCCCUCGCUCUUUCACUUUCCUUUUUGGCCCAAGUAGUUUUCACAUGUAGUACCUAUAUCAGAUAACUCUCUCCUUGUGA